GUCCCCAUCGAAAUCCGCUGGAGAAUCUACAAUUAUAUCUUCCAACCAACAUACCGCGUCGCGAUCACCCGCCAAAAACCAAAAUGGACACCUUCUCCCACCGACAUGCGAAAACGCCUCUACCACACCCGUCUUCCCUACCGUAACCCAAAAACGCAAUUGAGUCCGCACGAUUCGAAAUAUAACCAAGUCAUUCGUCUACAGAAUCCGCUCCCGAUCUCGCUGAUAUUCAGCUGCAAGGCUAUCUACCGUGAGACGAUAUUGCAUUUGUACGCGAAUACGCAGUUUGUUUUCAACAGUACUCGCGCACUGGAUCGGUUCUUGCAUACGACUAGUGCCCAGAUGCAGGAGACUAUUCAGCACAUUGAGCUGAAUCACAUCAUGUAUAACGAGCCGCGGCUUCUGGGGUUUAGAGUGUUCAAGCACCGGUCUGAUCUAGCCUGGUACUGUGCAUGCGAGGAUUUGGCGGUUGCGUGCAAGUCGUUGAAAGUGCUGCACAUUAGCAUGAAAAUUUGGGAUUGGCCGAUACAUCUCAAGCUCGGGGAGCGGUGGUCGUGGCCGUUAUUGGUGUUUGAGCGGUUUGGGAAUAAGGUUGAUUUUGCGAGUGUGGCACUUCAGAUGUGUAAGUUUGAAGAGGAGAAGUUAAAGGAGGUGAGCAGGGAGGUGGAGAAGAGACUCAUGAGGAGUGAGGCAUGGCAGGUGAGAGAGGAUGAGAAGAUGGCGAGGGAGAUUAAU